UGGCUUUUUUUAUGACAUGCUUAUGCGCUUAUUUAACAACAGGCUGUAGGUUGAGACCUAAUGUAAAUGUAAAUAUUUGAGUUCAUUAUGCCAUACUAUACAUCAUGGGACGAAUUUUCAAAAGCAGCUGAAAAAUUGUACCUUUCAGAUCCUUCUAAAGCUAGAGUGGUAUUGAAGUACAGGCAUUGUGAUGGAUCAAUGAAGAUUAAAGUUACAGACGAUGUUCGUUGUUUGCAAUACAAAACCGAGCAUGCUCAAGACAUGAAGAAACUGGAGAAGUUCAACAGUACUCUGAUGAGGCAUAUGGUGUCUAAAUAAAUUGGCCAUUGAUUGUUGUUCAUCAUCAGCAUCUCUCCACACAACGUAAAGACCAAAAGAGAGACUACAACUACAGAUUUAAAUAAGUGGAAUAUUUAUUGGUAGAGCAAAAGUACAUAUAAAUGGAAAUUUUAUAAAUUAAAUAAUAAUGUGCUAAAUUUGCUCUGUGGGAAAGCCUGCAUUCAGUGGUUUGAAGUCUUCUGCGAAUGCUGCAGGCGGCAUUGAGUGAGUGCACAGCAUGGGAUGAUCAAAAUCCAUUUAAACGUACUUUGUGGAGUGCGAUCAUUUCAUGUCUGUAAAAGAAACAAAGCUUGUAAUAUGUAAUAUGUAGUAGUUAGGUACAGUCAUCAAUAUUAAAAAGUACAAAAACAAAACUUA